AUUUCGAAUAACAAACAUUUGGUUUGGAAUCAAAGUGAAUAAUAAUUGGAAAUUGCUCAUACGAUAAGUCGAUAUUCAAUAAUAAUCAGAUAAAAUUGAUGUCAUUACAUUUGGUGAAUGAAUUUCCAAAUCAAAAUGAAUCGUGUUCUUAAAUAUUCAGCAAUAACUGGUGGAGUUGCACUUACCGGAUUGAGUCUUCGCGCAAAUAAUUACGAUGUAAACUCCCUUGGAAUAGUUCGAUUAUCACGAGCAGCACUCACCGUUUAUGACAUUGCUUGUUUGUAUCGCCAAAAUCUAUAUAAAAGGGAAUGGGACAAAACGUCACCCGAAUAUAAAGCCAAAAAAAGUCAAACACAUACAGUCGCUGCUGGUAAACUGCUCGAUUUAAUUUGUAUAAAUAAGGGAGUUUACAUUAAGGUUGGCCAACACAUUGGAUCAUUGGAUUACUUGAUACCGCCAGAAUAUGUUCGAACCAUGAAAGUGCUACAAAGCAAUGCACCAAAGAAUCCCAUCGAAGAUCUCUACAAAGUCAUACGACAGGAUCUCAAUGUGAAUCCGGAAGAUUUAUUCGAGUCAUUUGAUGCAGAACCACUUGGCACCGCAUCAUUGGCACAAGUACACCGUGCCACACUGAAGAAUGGCCAAGAAGUGGCGGUGAAAGUGCAACAUCCAUACGUAAUGGGAAAUAGUGGUGUUGACAUAAAAACAAUGGAAUAUUUGUGUAAAAUCAUGUCGAUUGUAUUUCCUGACUUCAAAAUGCAGUGGCUGGUGGACGAGUCAAAGAAGAAUCUACCGUUUGAAUUGGACUUUUUAAACGAAGGACGCAAUGCGGAGAAAGCAGCCGACAUGUUCAAGGACUAUAAAUGGCUUAAAGUGCCGAAAAUAUUCUGGGACAUUUCAUCGAAACGUGUACUAGUUAUGGAAUACUUAAAUGGAGGUCAAGUCAAUGACUUGGACUAUAUUAAGUCAAAUCAAAUUGAUACUUAUGAUGUUGCAAAUAAAAUUGGUCAAUUAUAUUCAAAUAUGAUUUUCAUCAAUGGAUUUGUGCACAGUGACCCACAUCCCGGCAAUAUUCUAGUUCGCAAAUCGAAGAAAGGCGAAAACGAAAUUAUUCUUCUCGACCACGGGCUCUAUGCUAAUUUGACAAAUGAAUUCCGAUACGAGUACUCCAAACUGUGGCUGAGUAUCUUGAAUGUGGAUCGUAAUGGGAUGUGCUAUCACGCGAGUAGAUUGGGAAUCAAAGGAGAUUUGUAUACGCUGUUUGCGUGUAUGUUAACCGGUCGAUCGUGGAAAAGUGUUAUUUCUGGCAUCAAUCGGAAAAAACCAAAUGCAACCGAAAAGGAUCUUGUUCAAACGAAGAGCACAAAGAUGUUGCCAUCGAUAUCCGAUGUCUUAGAGCAAGUCGAUCGACAAAUGUUACUGAUUCUUAAAACAAAUGAUUUGAUUCGCGGCAUUGAAACUACUCUUCAAACGCAGUAUCGCAUGACAUCAUUUUGGAUAAUGUCGAAAUGCUGCAUCGAAUCAGCGGCCAGACAAGAAAUUCAUCAGUCCAAAUCCAAUUGGCAACGAUUUGCAAAAACUCUUCAGAAAAAUUGGUCGAUAUUUAAAUUGAAUAUUUUUUAUUUAUACAUGGGCAUUGUUAAUUCGAAUCUGUUUUUAACAUUUCGUCAAUUAUCAUAAUUUACAUAUUUAAAUAUUACAGCAACAAUUCGUUUUGCGUAAUUCAUAAAAACAAAGGAAAAUGUCAAUUUCAUGAUGACGCACGUAGACCAGACAUUCUAGGCUUGCAUAUAAAUUUAUCUUAUCUCUAGCUUUCAAAUGUAAUUAAAAUUGAUAGUAACGUUUUUCUCAAUAAAUAUUUCAUUUAUUGUAGUUGAA